AUGUCUACCACCACAGGUUCAUUCAUUGCAGGCGGUAUAGCAGCUUGUGGUGCUGUCACAGCCACUCAUCCCUUCGAGACCAUCAAGAUCCGGUUGCAAUUACAAGGAGAGCUGCAAGCCAAGAAAGAUGCGCCGAGACUGUACAAAGGCGUUUUCCACGGCGUGAGCGUUAUCCUGAAGAAUGAAGGGCCAAAAGGCUUGUACCGAGGUAUUGGGGCAGCGUAUGUAUACCAGAUGGUCCUCAAUGGCUGCCGCCUAGGCUUCUACGAGCCCCUCCGCCAAAGCCUCACCUCUGCCAUCUUCAAAGACUCCAAAGUCCAAUCCCUUGGCAUCAACAUCUUCACCGGUGCUGCAUCUGGCAUGCUCGGCGCUGCAGCCGGCUCCCCUUUCUUCCUCGUCAAGACGCGCUUGCAGUCUUACUCGCCUUUCCUGCCCGUGGGCACUCAACACGGGUAUAAGAAUACGGUGGAUGGCUUUCGAAAAAUCCAUCGCGCUGAGGGUUUCAAGGGUCUCUAUAGAGGGAUCGAAGCGGCUAUUGUCAGGACAGGUUUUGGAAGCAGUGUACAGCUGCCGAUGUACUACUUUGCGAAGAGGAGGUUGAUAAAACACCUGGACAUGCAAGAGGGAGCUGCCCUGCAUUUGGCAAGUAGCGCGUGCAGUGGGUUCGUGGUCUGCUGUGUUAUGCAUCCACCAGACACGAUAAUGUCGCGGAUGUACAAUCAAACGGGUAAUCUGUAUAGUGGCGUAUUCGACUGCCUAAUCAAAACUGUAAAAACCGAAGGACUCCUGGCCAUAUACAAAGGGUUCUUUGCACACUUAGCAAGGAUUCUGCCACAUACAAUUUUGACCUUGAGUCUGGCGGAGCAGACGAACAAGUACAUGCGGAAGUUUGAAGAUAGAAUUUUGCCGGCGACGGUCAAGGAGAAAUUAUAG